UUUUUAGAGAUGGGGGUCUCGCUUUGUUGCCUAGGCUGAUCUCCAGCUCCUCAGCUCAAGGGAUCCUCCUGCCUUGGCCUCCCAAAGUGCUGGGAUUAUAGGUGUGAGCCACCAGGCCCAGCCAAUUAAGCUGCAUUUUAAAACAACCAAGACAGACCCUAAACCUUGGAGCUGCUGACCCAAGCUCAUCCUCACCCCUCUUCCCCAGAGUCUACCCCAGGGAGGAACAGGGGCUGGCCAGUCAGGUGAGGGUUCUCUAGCUUUGGCCUCAAGCUCUGGUGUGACAUGGGUGCUGUUUUCACCUGUGGAGGGAGGUAUGUCACCUGGAAUAAAGGCUCGCCAGAGGGCAGGGCCUUGUGGGGCUUUUACCAUGUUCUCAGCACCUAGAUAGUGCCUGGCACACAUGAGUCUCUGGGAUACAGUGGAGUGAGUGCAGUGAACAGAUGGCCGAGGAGGCUGUGUAGAUGGGAAAGGCCUUCGCCAGCUUGCGGGGAUGAGCUCAGGCGGGGGACUGAGUUCUGUGUCCUGGCUUUUUGUUUGUUUUUUAAGAGCCUGGAGUCACAUCCUGCCUUUUUUUUUUUUUUUAAAAGGAAAAAUAGUUGUUUUAUUCAUUUGUACUUAAACCAGCCAAAGUAGUACUGAUGUCAUUAUGAUUCAGCAAAUACAAGAUCUCUUUCCACAAAUAUUAGGAUAACAAUCAAAAUAGGGACUAUAGUAAAACAGCCAAAAAGGGCUGAGGGAAUCAAGUAUGUUACAGUUUAACUCCACCUCGGUAUAAUUUUUAUUUUAUUAUUUUUUUUUAAGACAGAGUCUGGCGCUGUCGCCCAGGCUGGAUUGCAGUGACGUGAUCUCGGCUCACUACAACCUCCUCCUCCUGGGGUCAAGUGAUUUUCCUGCCUCAGCCUCCCGAAUAGUUGGGAUUACAGGUGCCUGCCACCCACUCCUGGCUACCUGGCUUCUUUUUGCCCAAGUGAUUUGGUGAAACAAAGCCUCUUCCUCCAGCGGACUUGGACUCUUAAGUCAGGGGUGUCCUGUGUCCACGCUGUACUUUGUAUACUCCUCUCCCUGGCCAGGAUCUCACCCUGGCAGGGCAAGGGCAAAACGGGCCCUAACUGUAAGGUGGGUGGGCUGGGAUAAGGAGGCCUGGAAGAGGCCAGAUAAAGCCAGCCCCAAGGUCUGGAAGCCUCCCAAGCAUAGCCCCCUCCCCUCCCACCCACCUGCCUGUCUGCGUGCUUACCUUUAACCUCCACCGAGUUGUUAUUUAACUCGCGGUAAGGUUCUGACCAGUCCCAUGCUCCACUCCAGAAACCCGCCAGGGAGGCUAAGUCCCUGGGCUGACCCUAGGAUGAGGGCAGGAACCUAUCAGGUAAAACCUUUCUCCCUGCACACUGGAAAGGCCAGAACUUCUGCCCCCAGUCCUGUCAGGGGAGGGGAGGCCUUGGCGUCUCCCAAAUCACGUUCUCUGGGUCAACAAGCCUCACAGUUCUAGUUAAAUCCUGGGCAGAGCUGGCUUGGCAGAGAUGCCCACACCUGUGCGUCACUUCGUGCCCUACCCAGAAGGGGAGCAGGAAAUGAAGGGAUGAAAGAUGCUGGGUCCCUGGCUGCCUCUUUGCCCAUGGCUGAGAAGUUCUGGUGGGAAGGAACCAUGGAGGGCCCAUCCGGAUAUCCUUCCUCAGCUAAAACUGCUUCCUUCCAGGAUGCCGUGCGCAUGCUCAAUACCCUGCAGACCAAUGCCGGCUACCUGGAGCAGGUGAAGCGCCAGCGGGGUGACCCUCAGACACAGCUGGAAGCCAUGGAACUGUACCUGGCACGGAGUGGGCUGCAGGUGGAGGACUUGGACCGGCUGAACAUCAUCCACGUCACUGGGACGAAGGGGAAGGGCUCCACCUGUGCCUUCACGGAAUGUAUCCUCCGAAGCUAUGGCCUGAAGACGGGAUUCUUUAGCUCUCCUCACCUGGUGCAGGUUCGGGAGCGGAUCCGCAUCAAUGGGCAGCCCAUCAGUCCUGAGCUCUUCACCAAGUACUUCUGGCGCCUCUACCACCGGCUGGAGGAGACCAAGGAUGGCAGCUGUGUCUCCAUGCCCCCCUACUUCCGCUUCCUGACACUCAUGGCCUUCCACGUCUUCCUCCAAGAGAAGGUGGACCUGGCAGUGGUGGAGGUGGGCAUUGGCGGGGCUUAUGACUGCACUAACAUCAUCAGGAAGCCUGUGGUGUGCGGAGUCUCCUCUCUUGGCAUCGACCACACCAGCCUCCUGGGGGAUACGGUGGAGAAGAUCGCAUGGCAGAAAGGGGGCAUCUUUAAGCAAGGUGUCCCUGCCUUCACUGUGCUCCAACCUGAAGGUCCCCUGGCAGUGCUGAGGGACCGAGCCCAGCAGAUCUCAUGUCCUCUAUACCUGUGUCCGAUGCUGGAGGCCCUCGAGGAAGGGGGGCCGCCGCUGACCCUGGGCCUGGAGGGGGAGCACCAGCGGUCCAACGCCGCCUUGGCCUUGCAGCUGGCCCACUGCUGGCUGCAGCGGCAGGACCGCCAUGGUGCUGGGGAGCCAAAGGCAUCCAGGCCAGGGCUCCUGUGGCAGCUGCCCCUGGCACCCGUGUUCCAGCCCACAUCCCACAUGCGGCUCGGGCUUCGGAACACGGAGUGGCCGGGCCGGACGCAGGUGCUGCGGCGCGGGCCCCUCACCUGGUACCUGGACGGUGCGCACACCGCCAGCAGCGUGCAGGCCUGCGUGCGCUGGUUCCGCCAGGCGCUGCAGGGCCGCGAGAGGCCGAGCGGUGGCCCCGAGGUUCGAGUCUUGCUCUUCAAUGCUACCGGGGACCGGGACCCGGCGGCCCUGCUGAAGCUGCUGCAGCCCUGCCAGUUUGACUAUGCCGUCUUCUGCCCUAACCUGACAGAAGUGUCAUCCACAGGCAACGCAGACCAACAGAACUUCACAGUGACACUGGACCAGGUUCUGCUCCGCUGCCUGGAACACCAGCAGCACUGGAACCACCUGGAUGAAGAGCAGGCCAGCCCGGACCUCUGGAGUGCCCCCAGCCCAGAGCCCGGUGGGUCCACAUCCCUGCUUCUGGCGCCCCACCCACCCCACACCUGCAGUGCCAGCUCCCUCGUCUUCAGCUGCAUUUCACAUGCCUUGCAAUGGAUCAGCCAAGGCCGAGACCCCAUCUUCCAGCCACCUAGUCCCCCAAAGGGCCUCCUCACCCACCCUGUGGCUUACAGUGGGGCCAGCAUACUCCGUGAGGCUGCUGCCAUCCAUGUGCUAGUCACUGGCAGCCUGCACCUGGUGGGUGGUGUCCUGAAGCUGCUGGAGCCCGCACUGUCGCAGUAGCCAAGGCCCGGGGUUGGAGGUGGGAGCUUCCCACACCUGCCUGCGUUCUCCCCAUGAACUUACAUACUAGGUGCCUUUUGUUUUUGGUUUUCCUGGUUCUGUCUAGACUGGCCUAGGGACCAGGGCUCUGGGAUGGGAGGCCGGGAGAGGAUGUCUUUUUUAAGGCUCUGCCUUGGUCUCUCCUUCCUCCUGGCUGAGAUAGCAGGGGGGGUUCCCCGGGUCUCUCACUGUUGCAGUGGCCUGGCCGUUCAGCCUGUCUCCCCCAACACCCCGCCUGCCUCCUGGCUCAGGCCCAGCUUAUUGUGUGCGCUGCCUGGCCAGGCCCCGGGUCCUGCCAUGUGCUGGGUGGUAGAUUUCCUCCUCCCAGUGCCUUCUGGGAAGGGAGAGGGCCUCUGCCUGGGACACUGUGGGACAGAGGGUGGCUGGAGUGAAUUAAAGCGUUUGUUUUUUAAAGAAA